CCUGUAAUACAAGUAAUCUAUCUGGUACCAAAUGGGUUAACUGAUUUUAGUGGGAGGAGAAAUAAGAAGUUUCAUUUCCUUUCAAAACGUCGUCGUUGACGGUAAAUAAGGUAAACAGCUCUGAAGAAUCGUAUAAAGGCAACUGUCGUAUUCCUGUGAGAUAUGGCGUCUUCAAUGAUUACUGCAGCAAAUGGAGUGAAGGUUGUGACUCAUGUUAUCCCAAUGGAGGAUAAAAUGGAGUCUCCGGACCCGAAAGCAAGCAAGGUGGAGAUGGAAAAGCCCGAACUGCCACCCAGAACCAGGAUGUUUCAGAAGGGAAGGCCUAUGACGCUGGGGUUGGUGCAGAUGUUUAUUGGUUUUGUAAUGAUGUCACUGUGUACCAUCACCAUACUGAUCGACGGCCUGCAAACUGAAUUUAUAGUCUUUCUUGGAGUUCCUUUUGUCGCUUCUGGGAUUGUGGCAAUUGUUGCAAACAAGAGUUCCCAUCCUACUUUGAUCAAGGCCACACUGGCCAUGACUGUCAUCUGUGCUCUGCUGGCUUCUGCCGGCAUCGGCUACUUCAGCUGGGAGCUCAGUUUAAGACCGAAUGCUGAGGAUUGUACGAGAUCGUACGGGGACUGUUGGAUGAUGAAAAGAAGAUAUUAUCAAAUGUUGGAUGGAGUGAAGGGUCUCCUGCUAGUCCUGUCUUUCCUCGAACUAUGUGUGUGCAUUGCUCUGUCCAUCUUCUCUAUCAAGGCCAUUGGCCAGGAUGAAGCAAAAGUUGACAACAGCGGCAGUAGCAGCAGUCUUCUGAAAAAUGAAUUGCAAUGAAUUGCAGCUCCAAACCCUGAGGGGACAGUAUCUCAUAUUUUCAAAUAUAUCUUUCCAAAGGUUUAAUCACAAGCUUACAAAAAUAACUUUAUGGGUAAAAAUGCACUUCUUUAUGGGGUAUUCUGUGUUGCACAUAUGUGGAUUUUAACUGUCUAAAUAAAAUGCAUUGUUCUUUCAUUAUAUAUCUCAUAUACAUACCACACUUUCUGUGUGUUAUCUCUUGAGCACUGUCUAUUAAUAGUCUCUCAUGUAAUCUUUAAUUAUUUCAUAUUUUUCUUAUUCAUAAUAAUUGGAUGUUAUACAGUAGAUAGACAUGUUUUAGCAUUUCAUACUAUAUUAAAAGAAGUUCAACAUUA